GUGUAGCUAAAAGAGGGACGAACGAAGCAGAGCCGUUAUCUAUCCAAAGACGCACCAGAGAGAAAAUCAAUCUUCUCUCAAUCUCUCAAAUCAUCACAUCCAUCGCUUUCUCUCCAUUUCCAUCUGCAAUCUUCGAGAUAUUUUGCGUUUCGAUUUCGUUUUCUCUUCCACCCUUUUUCCAAUCCGACUCCCUUAGGGUUUUUUUCAAGAACUUUCAACCAUGGUGUACGAUUCGAUUGCUAACGCUUCGAUCCCCACUGCUGCAUCAAACUCCAAGGAUUUUGGGAAGAAAAAGAGGGUGAACAGGACUGCUAAAUUGAAGCAGAGCAAGCUUGACGUUCGUCGGGAACAGUGGCUUUCUCAAGUGAAGAACAGGGGAUUCAAAGAAGAAACAAAAGCUACUCGUGUUACAAAAAUGGCUGCUCCGGAGACACAUGCAGCAACAGAGAGAGAGCAUUCGAUCGUGAAAUUGGAAAUCAGUGUCGGUGGGGAAGAGAACGAGAGUUUGAUGAAUAAUUACAGUGAUUCCGAAUCUCCCUCCAACAGUCCCACCAGUCAUACAAGUAGCGUCUCCGAAAGCAACAUAUCCGUUACUAAUUUCACCGGUAGUAGCAGCAGAAGCAGCUGCGGAAGUAGCAGUAGCAGCGGUGAUUGUUGUUCAGGAAGCAUGACAGAUGAAGAAGAUGACGAGGAUGAUGGAUGCUUGGAUGAUUGGGAAGCUAUAGCGGAUGCUCUUGCAGCAGCCGAUGACAUUCAGAAGUCCCCCGUCGAUGAACAUCCUCUCACCCCACCUGAGCCAGAGCAGCCUGUGUUGACUCCGGCAGGUAGUACCAAUUUCCGGGCAUGGAGACCCGACGAUGUUUCCCGCCCUCAGAGUCUCCCAAAUCUAGUAAAACAAAAUAGCUUCCCGAUGAAAUCAGGGAGUAGUGCAUUUCCUUCUUCUUGUCCUAUAUGUUGUGAAGAUCUAGACAUGACAGAUUCAAGUUUUCUUCCAUGUCCAUGUGGUUAUCGACUCUGUCUUUUCUGCCAUAAAAGAAUCCUUGAAGAUAAUGGGCGUUGUCCAGGGUGCCGGAAGCAGUAUGAGAGCCAUGGAAAUGCAGCUUCUUCAAAGCUUGGUCGUUGUCACAGCAUGAACCCUAGUUGUCAUUAAAAGUAGUGAGUGUGUCUAUGGUUGCUUAUGAUGGAGCUUCUUUUUUCAUUUGCAGUCUUUGGUUGUUUGGUUUGGUUGGGUACUUUUAGACACCGGCAGUAGUGCUAGGUUUGUCAAUAUAGACAGUAUAUGCGAGUUCUCUUAUGAGUUUGAUCUAUAUUUCUAUAUAUUAGCAAAUAUAUGGUUUUAUAGACACACAACUAGUUGCUAUGUGGAUACAUAAAGUGGUAUAGAAAUUCAAUACAUCCUUCUUCAUUCCA